CGGCCGGUGUCUGUUUGGGGAAGCAGUAUGUGAGCGCGCUCUCUAUAUCGUCAUCUCCAUUUCCCGCUACGCAACUCAUAUAUAUCGACAGUUUCAUGCAUCUUUGUUGCGCACGAUAUCAUCCGGUCGUGCGGUGGACGCCGCCUCUGUAGCAUGUCUCAAUUGUUUCAGUCGCGGUCGAUUUCCUUCUCCUGCUAAGACAGGGAAUAGGCCGUGGUGCGUUGGUACUCUAACAUUUGGCAGGCAAACAGGAAAAGCUAUCUCGCCAUUGUACUCCGCACUCAUGUCAGGACGGAGCCGAAGUUGCUAGGUUAGCUUCAGGCUCUGCGACUUCCCAAACAAUGCCGCUUUUGAAGAAGCCACCCACGGGGGCGAGCAGCAAGGCCUACAGUGUUCACCAACCCAACAUUUUUUCUCGUGAAGUUGAGCUUUCUCGUAAUACUCGCGGAUCGCUGGAGAUAUUUGGUGGUGGCCCUCAGACUUCUCCCCUUCUGUUCUCGCGAACGCGUUCCGCAUGGAAAGAUGCUCUUCAAUGCGCUGAGUCCCACCUUCAGGAGCACGACACCGGCAAAGUAGUGCCGUCGGUCUCAGGAACAUCACCACCGUCGUCUCAACGGCCAUUGAUUUCAGGUAGUGGUGACCACCCAAGUGUUGUGUCGAGUGCCGCUCUGUAUCCCCGAUGUUGUGUACAGGAUGAUGUUUCGAAAUGGCUAACAGAUGCUGAAGUUUCUGGAGACACGUCAGAGUUACCUUCUUCUGUAUCGAGACCCUUGGAGUUUGUUAGCGAUACCAGAGAUAAUACUGACGUAAAUCUCGAGGCGUCCAGUAAAACACUUUCGGGUUAUCCUGUCGAGCCAACGAAGACAAGGGUGGAACAGGAUUGGGACGAAGUUUUAAAACAUAGGAGAGGGAAGAAGAUAUCGGGAUUUUCCGAGAUUAGCGAUGAGGCUCUUUCUGAGAGAGCUGCUCAGUGGGGUUAUGGAGUUGUUUUGAAGCCCUCAAAUAAUCGAGGAUCGGGUUCAGCUGAGACCGAGGGGAUUUCUAGACUGUCGUGGACUACAGGGAGUUCGGACACAAGUUCUGCAUUGGGAAAGAGCUCGAGGACGACUUCGGAGGGUUCUAGUGCUUGCAGCAGUUUCUCCCCGAUGAUACCAGGGCUGUCGAAGAACGUGAAGGAGGCCUUGGCGUCUUUCCAGUUGGCAUUUGUGGUCUGUGAUGCUUUGAAUGCUGAGUACCCUAUCCUGUAUGCCAGCGCUGGUUUCUUUAGUAUGACUGGUUAUACGGCCAAGGAGGUGGUAGGUAGAAACUGUCGAUUUUUGCAGGGACAGUAUACUGAUGCCCAUGAUAUCGCGAUGAUACGAGGUGCGUUGAGGGAAGGAAACAUCUACACCGGAAAACUUCUUAAUUAUAAGAAAGAUGGAAGUCCGUUUUGGAAUCUGCUCACUAUCUCUCCGAUUAGGGAUGAUGGCGGGAGGCUCAUAAAGUACAUCGGAAUGCAGGCGGAAGUGACAGAGAGCGCCGCCAUUGGGAAAGCUCUGGAUCAAAAUGGAGUUCCUGCUGACGUUAAGAAUCUCUUUGAAGCAGGACGAAAGAAGACAAAAGACAACCGAACUGCUGGUGGCGUGACCUCGGAAACUCGUGUGCACAGAAAAAUUUCUGAGGAGUCCAACUGUCAGCGAACUUCUCGUUCUCAGUACUCUUUGUCAAGUUCUCGCCAGUCAUUUGAAGUCUCAUCGAACGUUACACUGGCCCUAGACGUCCACACCCCGUUAAAGACGGGAACAGAGGUUGCUGCGUUCAGUGCAGAAGCUGUGGACAGUGGCGGUUUUCUGGAGGUUCCAAAAGCACUAAGAGGUGAAAGUAGCUGCAUGGUUGAUACGAAGAAUACCAAACGCACAUCAAGCCUUCUUAAGAUGUUCAAGAAGUUGAAUGGGCGCUUUUCAAAGCGUGGUUCACGAGACUACAGUCAUGAGGAUCCGAUUGCUGUAGAGGAUCAUAAUGAUGUUGUGUCGGAUCCUGACGACGAAGAUGUGGAUGACUUUGAGGGCAAGCAGCGUCGCAGCAGCUUUUAUUCCAGCACAGAAAGUCUUGUUGGAAAACAAGAACUUGACCAAACUUCUGAAUUUAUGCGGGUUGGGAAAACUAAUAGGCAGUCAAGACAAUUUUCGGAAGAAAGGCGCGAUUGUGCGGGAAGGAUGGAUUGUGAAAUCCCAUUGAGACAGGAACGCUUUAGUGGCGAUCACUCAAGGCCUGGCUCAAGUGAACAUGGCAUUGGAAGAAAAGUCGUGAGCUACGGACGUAGGAGUGCUGAGUACCCUGUAGGUGCGGUAAAUGCGUUCCUGAAAAAUGAGGGUCUUGCCUCACAUGCCAUUGAUCGUCGACACAGCAUUGCCACUGUUCCGUCAGUCACACGGCCAAGUUUCAGCGUUGACGGGAAAUCACAAUUUUGCAUUGUGCACCCUACGGCACCGGGACAUUGAUCCGUUUGGCUGUUAUAUUUUCCUGGUGGAAUCACAUGACAACCCUUCAUGUGACCCUUCAGUCUUCCCCCUUGUCGAUUUGACCUUGAGGGGGAAGACAGAUACUUCUGACAGUUCACGGACACAUAGUGAAAUGGUCCUAGUCUGACAAUAGAAUACUCAGCAGAGGUAAGUAUGAUGGGUAUUUCUGGGUCACAAAUUUAGUACUAUCCGCCGAUAUGCAAGGCUUUGUAUAGGUAAAGAUUAGGAGGUCUGGUAUGCUUCUUUGGGCAUAUCGCCACGAACACUUGUACAAUAUUUAACAUAUUAUCGGUGUUGAUUUAUCAAGUUGGGAAGAUCAAUGUAGAUGUUUUGUG